CGAAGGCUAACGGUUUCGUAUAAAGGCAUGUGUUAGUGCGAAUAAAGACAAUCGCAUACAAGCUCUCGCGAGCUUCUUUGUUGCGUAUCUUCGUUUCUUUGCACUGUAAGCUGCUUUUUGGCUUUUGCUUCCAAAGUCUUUUGUUGUUGUAGGUGAAGGAACUUGGUUAUGGUUACUACCGUGUUAUUUGAAGUUGUAUUAAGAUUUGAUACAGCAAGAACUGAAGACACUAACAAAAGGUGAUUCUUGUGUUCUAUUAUAGCCAAUUAUUGGUAUGUUUUGGCAAGUAAUUUUGUAGAUCGUCGUAUGAGCAUUCAUAUAUAAUGGCGGAUUCUGAGGCAACCUUUUCGAGCUCACCAGCUGUGGAAAAUUUAGGUUCUAGCGAUCACUUGUCACAAGAGAAAGGCUAUGGAACAUAUGGCAUUGUGGGUGCUGCCAUUGUUGCGAUUGUUUUACCUAUGUUGCUCUCCAUUGUGUUCAUGGGGAAGAAAAAGGUGAAGCAAAGAGGAGUUCCUGUAGAAGUUGGUGGCGAGGCAGGUUAUGCAAUUCGCAGUGGCCAAAGCUCUCAUUUGAUUGAAGUCCCUUGGGAGGGGGCAAAUACCAUGGCCUCGCUUUUUGAGCAAUCUUGCAAAAAGCAUUCACAAUAUCGAUUUCUUGGAACAAGGAAGCUAAUUAGCAGAGAAUUUGUCACAGCUAGUGAUGGUAGAAAGUUUGAGAAGCUGCACUUGGGGGAUUAUGAAUGGCAAACUUAUGGACAAGUUUUUGAUCGUGCUUGCAACUUUGCUUCUGGGCUUAUUAGGUUAGGUCAUAAUGAGGAUACUCGUGCUGCAAUUUUUUCUGAAACACGAGCAGAGUGGUUCAUUGCCUUCCAGGGAUGCAUGCGGCAGAAUAUCACUGUUGUUACUAUUUAUGCAUCUCUUGGUGAGGAUGCUCUGAUCCAUUCACUCAAUGAGACACAAGUAUCAACCCUGAUUUGUGAUUCCAAGCAAUUGAAAAGGUUGGCUGCUAUAAGCACAAGACUAACAACCAUCAAGAAUGUGAUUUACUUUGAAGAUGAUGGAACUGCAACUGCAGAUGAUAGUAUCUCUGGGAGUAUGAGCCAUUGGACAGUUUCAUCUUUUUCUGAAGUUGAGAAACUGGGCAAACACAGUCCUCUUCCUCCAAACCUGCCUUCCAGGAAUGGAAUUGCUGUUAUCAUGUAUACAAGUGGCAGCACAGGCCUACCAAAGGGAGUCAUGAUUACUCAUAGCAACAUUAUAGCCACUGCUGCAGCUGUCAUGACAGUGAUUCCUAAUCUGGGUAGUAAUGAUGUUUAUUUGGCAUACUUGCCAUUAGCUCAUGUUCUCGAACUUGCUGCUGAGUCUAUAAUGUUAACUGCAGGGUGUGCAAUUGGCUAUGGUUCCGCAUUGACUUUAACAGACACAGCUAAUAAAAUAAAAAAAGGAACCAAAGGUGAUGCUUCUGUGUUGAAUCCCACUCUUAUGGCAGCGGUUCCUGCUAUACUAGAUCGUGUUCGGGAUGGAGUUCUAAAAAAGGUUCAGGAGAAAGGCGGAUUUGCAAAGAAGCUUUUCAACAUUGUAUAUAAGCGGCGAUUAGCAGCCAUAGAAGGAAGCUGGUUUGGUGCUUGGGGACUGGAAAGAAUGUUGUGGGAUGCUAUUGUCUUCAAAUCAAUACGUGAUGUACUUGGAGGCCGUAUCCGAUUUAUACUAUGUGGUGGUGCUCCAUUAUCUGCGGAAUCACAACGAUUCGUCAAUAUUUGCAUGGGGGCUCCGAUAGCUCAGGGUUAUGGCUUGACAGAAACAUGUGCUGGAGCUGCCUUUUCUGGGUGGGAUGACACAUCUGUGGGCCGUGUUGGACCUCCUCUUCCAUGCUGCUAUAUUAAGCUUGUUUCUUGGGAAGAAGGUGGGUACAAGAUAUCUGACAAGCCAAUGCCCCGAGGAGAAAUUGUUGUUGGAGGAUUCUGUGUAACUAGGGGUUACUUUAACAACAAAGAAAAAACGGAUGAGGUCUACAAGGUAGAUGAAAAAGGCAUGCGCUGGUUUUAUACUGGUGAUAUUGGACGUUUUCACCCCGAUGGAUGCCUUGAAAUUAUAGACAGAAAGAAGGAUAUUGUCAAACUUCAACAUGGAGAGUACAUCUCCCUCGGAAAGGUUGAGGCAGCGCUGAUGUCAAGUAACUACGUGGAUAAUAUCAUGGCAUAUGCAGAUUCCUUCAAAAACUAUUGUGUAGCUCUUGUUGUUCCAUCACAUCAAGCCUUAGAGAAAUGGGCCCAGCAAGUUGGCAUCAAGUACCGGGACUUUGCAGAGCUCUGUAACAAAGAUGAAACAAUUGCUGAGGUUCAACAGUCACUGUCCAAGGUAGGAAAAGCUGCAAAACUAGACAAGUUUGAAAUUCCUGAAAAGAUCAAGCUGUUACCAGAUCCGUGGACACCUGAAUCUGGCUUAGUUACUGCUGCUCUCAAGAUCAAGAGGGAACAACUGAAGUCCAAAUUUAAAGAUGAGCUCCAAAAGCUCUACGACUGAUAUGAUGUUUGGUGGAUCUCCUCGCUUGCGUUUUGUAUGUAUUCCUCUAUCCUGGGUUCUCCAGGGAAGACACUUACUCAGAAAACUGGUAGAAAUGCUCGUAGCUGGAUAUUUAUUAUGGUGCCUGUGAUUUUAGAUCUUCAGGGUUCAACACAUGAGGUGGAGAUUAGAUUGCUCUUUGAACAUGAAACCUUGAAACCUAAAUUAUUAGAUAAUGUAUCUUGCUUCCUAAAAAUCGCUUACAUGUUCUAUAGGGAACUCUGUUGCUAAAACAACUUGCUCAAUUUCAGCUGUAUACUUGUCUCCCCAGCAGGGUUGGGUGACGGGAGUACGCUGUAUGAUUUCGAUCUUAAGCAAUAAAUAAGCACUUUACAAUGA